AUGGAGGGGGAGAAGAUUCUUCCAGACUCAUCGUGUACGCAGACAAUAACAGGAACUGAGCUGCUCAAGAGGUCUGGUCCAACAUUUCCAGCUGUGGUCAAAGUGACAUGUUACUACACUGUAUGGAAGUCUCACACAUCUCCUUUAAGUGACCCUGUCUCAGUCACUGUUCAGGAUCCAAAACCAGACAUAACAGUCAAUUUUGAUGAGGACUUCACCAUCAUCUGUUUGAUUCGUGGUUCCGUCAGUCCUGACUCCACCUGUAACCUGUAUGUUGGAAAGGAGAGUCAGCCAUCCUUCACAGCAGAGAUCUGGAAAGAAAAAAGCAAAGGUUCCAAACAGUGGUUCUGUAGAUUCAAUGUAACUGAGAGGGAUAUUAUCAGAACUCUACAGUCAGUGAGGCUUAAGGAGGUAAACUGUGACUACAGAGUGAGCUCAGGACCAAACUCUCUCUCUCCACGCAGUGAUGGGAAAAGCUUUGCACAUCUGGUGGGAGUUCACAUCAGUGAUCCAACAACUAUACAGACACCUUCUAUGGCAGUGGGUUUGACUCCAGGUCCUAGAUCUACUUUGCCUCCCAGCACGACAGUGAGUCCUACAGAAGACACCACAGUGACACCAACUACCAGUUUGACCUCCCCUUUGACCCCUAGCACGGCAGUGAAUCCUUUAUCAUCAUCUUUAUCUAGUUAGCAAAUAUAAGUAAAACAAAUAGAGUAGCUUAUCUUCUCCAUGUUUUUUUCCCAUCGCAAAUUUGCCUCAUUACAAAAAGAGGUUGAUUUUUGAUUGAUUAAAAUCAACCCAUUUAGAUGUAUUUUUGUAUAAUCAGAUCCAAUGAUUUGCUUUGCAUCAGGGUCGACUGUUUGCUGUACUUUGACCACUGACACCCCAGCGAGUCCAACUGAAAGAGGUCAAAGCUCCACAGAAAGUGAUGUGGAAUCAAACAGUCAAGAAAGCAUUCUGGUGGGGCAAAUAUGGCAGGCAGCAGUAAGUGUGGCUUCUGGAGUGGGCGUGCUCCUGGUAGGAUUGACAGCUGUCUGUCUCUGCAGGAGGAUCAAGAAAACCAAUUCUCAGAGGUAAGAAUUCUCCUCGUGAAUAUGAUGCAGAUCGUAUCAACCUUUAGUUCUGUAUUGUCCAUGAUGAGAUGUUCUUACCACAAACUUCUUAUACUUUUAUGUUGUUCAGACCUACAGCCAGACAGGAUGA